ACGGAGCGCCUUUUCACGUGUCCCGGCCGGGCGGAGCGUCUCUCCUUGCGGGCCGCGCGAGAGCCGGAGCUAGCGGGCGGGAGCCAUGGCAGGACAAGCAUUUAGAAAGUUUCUUCCGCUCUUUGACCGAGUAUUGGUUGAAAGGAGCGCAGCCGAAACUGUAACCAAGGGAGGGAUUAUGCUUCCAGAAAAAUCUCAGGGAAAGGUCUUGCAAGCGACAGUGGUGGCCGUUGGCUCGGGCGCCAAAGGAAAGGGUGGCGAGAUUCAACCAGUUAGUGUGAAAGUUGGAGAUAAAGUUCUUCUCCCAGAGUAUGGAGGCACCAAAGUAGUUCUAGACGACAAGGAUUAUUUCUUAUUUAGAGAUGGUGACAUUCUUGGAAAGUAUGUGGACUGAAGCAAGACACUGUUGACAUGGCAUCAACAUGAAACUGCCCAUUCCACUGAAGUUGUGAAAUCUUUCAUCAUGUAAAUAAUUUUCGUGUUUUUCUUUUAUAAUAAACUAAUGAUAUCUAAACUAAUGACAUCCAGUGUCUCUAAAAUUUAGUUUCGUUGUACUGAUAUAAACAUUUUCAAAUAAAAAUAUGGAAAUAAGUGA